AUGGUGGUUGAUGAACCUAGUUUACCUCUGGUCGAGUCAAAUUUUGCACAUUUUGUAGCUUUAGAGAGACGUGUAUCUGGACUUGCGAAAGAUUAUAAAAAUCGAAGGGUACCACCAUUUACACCACAUCAACAAAUUCAGUAUAUGCGUAAUAUCCCAGAUUUUCCUCAGAUCAAUAAUAUUCUGGAUAAGGAAUUAACAAAUACUAUGAACAUUCCAAACACUCCAAACAUCCUAAGUACUCUAAGUACUCCAAGUAUUCCAGGCAUCCUAAGUAGUUCUAUUAUUCAGAUGGGUUCAAAUAAGCAGAUUUUCAAAGAUGUAGAUAUAGAAACCUGUUUAGAUAUAUUGGAUGAUAAUAUUACUUUAUCUGAUCCAGAAGACAAUCUUUCAAGCGAAAAAGAAAAUUUUGUUAAUGAUUUUAUUUCAGGAAAUAGAAAUGCCCGCUCUAAUUGUAAAUGA